GGAGUUUAUAAUAUUAGGGGUACCAUAUGUUCACCUGAUGGUAUACAGACUGACUGUCUUACCAGGUCUACAGACGAGAAACACUCGACUCGUGACGCAUUUCUACCGUAAACCAGGAUGUCAGCAGGAGCGGAGGGCGGGGCUGAUGCCGCCAAAGAGGUGCGGCCUACACAGCCACGCCCAUUAUCACAUGACCGGGUCACACUAGUGGUUGAUGGGACUCAUUUUGUGGUAGAUCCUGCAGUAUUCACCGCUUACCCGGAUACAGUGUUGGGAAGAAUGUUCGGUCGAGCGCGUCAGCACAGCUUCACACGACCCAACUCUAAAGGUGAAUACGAGAUCGCAGAGGGUAUCGGUGCAAACAUCUUCAGAGUCAUUCUGGAUUAUUAUCGGGUCGGUGUGCUGCAGUGUCCCGAGGGCGUAUCUGUGGCCGAACUUCGUGAAGCCUGCGAUUAUCUGUGUAUCAACUUUGAUUACAACACCGUCAGAUGCCGAGAUCUCAGUGCUCUGCUGCAUGAGCUGUCCAAUGACGGUGCUCGCCGUCAAUUCGAGGCGUUCCUGGAAGAGCAUCUGGUUCCAGCGAUGGUAUCAAGCGCUCAGGAGGGCGAGAGAGAGUGUCGUAUCGUGGUUCUCAUGGAUGAUGAUACCGUAGACUGGGAUCGUGACAAUCCUCCACCGAUGGGAGAGGAAAACUCCCAGAUCUUAUACAGCACCAAACUCUUCCGUUUCUUCAAGUUCAUCGAGAACAGAGAUGUAGCAAAAGCUCUGCUGAAGGAGCGAGGCCUUAAAAACAUACGAAUCGGCAUCGAGGGUUACCCCACCUGCAAGGAGAAAGUGAAGCGGCGUUCGGGUGGAAAGUCGGAGGUCAUCUACAGCUACGUUCAGCGUCCGUUCAUCCAGCUGUCCUGGGAAAAAGAGGAAGGAAAAAGCAGACACGUGGAUUUCCAGUGCGUACGCAGCAGGAGCGUUCCAAACCUCAUCACUGCCGUGGGGGAGGGGCCUACUUGGCCUGGGGCCACGCCCACUCCACAGGUGGAUGAGUUGGAUCGCCUGAAUGGUCCGCCCCUUGAGGUGCUUCAGCAGUGACUGAAGUAUUCAUUCUGAUCCGAGUAAACUGAAGCAUUGGACAAAAUUCUGAGUAUUCAUUUAUUUAUAUUUGCAUAUGAAAAGUGAUGUGAACAUUAAAAUGUGUUAAAGGGGACAUAUCAUAAAAAUAUAAAAGUGCUAUAAAUGGGUCUCCAGUGGUUCUAUCAAUCUAGAAAAUGUGAAAAAGAUCAACACAGUAACUUAGUUUUGGUAAACCAUUCUCUGCAAGCAUGUAAAAAACAGGUAAUUGAAAUUUUGCUCCCCUUGUGAUGUCAGAAGGGGAUCUUAUUAUAAUAACACCGCCCCUUAAUCUGCACUAUCCACAGCACUGACAUUUAGUGCAGAGAGAGAAAUUAAUUGACAUCACAGUUGAGUUUCAAUUUCAACAAACCACCAUUAUGGUGAUCAAUGUUUGUAUUAUCAGCUCAUUUGCAUUUUAGAGGACACACCCAAAAUCGCCAACAUUUUGCUCACACCUACAAAGUGUAUAAUUUUAUUUUAUAAGUGUUAUAAUAAAUUAUCUAUAUGGUAUUUUCAGCUAAAACUUCACAUACAUACUUUGGGGACACCAAAGAUUAAUUUUACAUCUCAAAAAAAGUCUGGAAAAAACUGUGAAACGGCCCCUUUAAAUGGAGCUGUGAAUACAUCCAUUGUGUGAAAACAUUAAGUUUUUUAUUUUGAAUUUUGUAACGCACUAUUACGAUUUUAUUUUAUGUGUAAAUUGCUUUGGAUAAAUAAAAUUUAAAAUAUGACAGCCUCUUUUAUAAGUCGCUUUCUAUCUUUAGUAA